AUUCCGAUCUGGCCCGUCGAAGUGAGUGGAUGCAAGGUGGCGUGUGCUCUUUGUGGACUGAAUUUUGUUCUAUUGAAAAAGCAUCUCAAAUAAAUCCCACUGGCGACCAAACCAACGCGGAUGGGACUGACGCUCUUGUUUAGCUGAUUUUGUGUAGAUUUGGCUUUUGAGAGAAAGGUGUAGAGUGUGGUGUGCUAGUGAAAAAAGACGCCAUUUUGUAAUGACGAUGAAUUUGUGAAGCAGUUGCUCGUGCGCCCACGAGGUGUGUUUGUGUUGGUGACGUCUUGCGGGCAAAUUUCAAGAGUGUAUACGUGUGAAUGUGUGUGUGUGUGUAGCUUCGAAUAAUAGGGGAGAAAAUGCCGCAAUGGCGGUGGAAGAUUUCGGAAGAACAUUCGAGUGAUUGUGUUGUUGGACUCUAGUGGGCUUUAUGCUUUGUUGUAAAAAAAGCGAAGUUGCUCCGUACCGAAGGUUCAAUGAUCGUGCAACGCGAUUAAUUCUCCGUCUGAGCAUCCAAGCUGCGCCUAGCACUGCCUCCCUUCGUCGUAUCGUCGUAAUUUUAACUGUUCAGCUUGUGUUAUCAUCCCUGCCGCGACAUCCAAACAAUCAUCCAAACUGGCAAAAGUAAUUCGCGACACGACGGCUCAUGAGUAGCAUUCGGUCCAGUGAGCGAGAUCGUAUUACUGUGAAGAUUCAUAACAUGAAACGUAGCGCAUCGCGCGAAUCUCCACCCAGAUCAAAGCGACGCAGCAGUAUUGGACGCUACGACGACAGUUCGGACGAAAGAGUAACCCCCGACAGAAUGCGACGACGUGUGGCCCGUUCGCCAAGCCCGAGGGCUCGCUACGCUUCCCCGCACCGUGACGAGUACAGCUCGUCGCGCAGCCGUGCCGACAUCGGUAGCAGCGGCGGCGGCAGCGAGAGAUACUCCUACAAGGUGCUGUGCGUGAGCGCCCUGCACCCGAAAGCGUCGGAAGAAUUCAUCAAGGAGACGCUGUACCGCGAGUACAAGAAGUUUGGCGAUUUCAGCAUUCGCAUUUCGCACGACCUGGACGAGCGGCUGGCGUACGUGUGCUUCCGCACGCCGGAGGAUGCCCGCGAGGCAAAGCACGCCAAGUCGCGCAUCAUUCUGCACGACAAGGUGGCGCUGGUGGAGCCGGUGUAUGAGUCGUCCAAGUCGGAAUCGUACCGGCGGCCGCGUUCGGCCUCGCCUCCCGAGUACGACCGCCAUUACUACGCGCGUUCGCCGGGAGUGCCGCCGCCCGACCGUCGCCGGCCGCCGGAGCAUCACCCGUACGACGGGUACGGGCCGCCACCGGGUGGCCGGAUGCAUCAUCCCGAUUUCAGACCGCCCAUGCACCACGACUACUUGCCCCGCGGGCCGCCCAUGCACCAUCACGGUCCGCCCCACAUGCAUCCCGGACCGCCACACCAUCACUACAUGCCCCGGCCGUACAUGCCGAGACCACGGGCACCGUUCGAGAAGCAGGAGAACAAGAAGGACAAGUUCCCGAACUACCUGCACCACAUCCAGCCGGAAGAUGAUCCGCUGGCAACACGCACGCUGUUCGCGGGCAAUUUGGAGAUCAACAUCUCGGACGACGAGCUUCGUCGUAUCUUCGGCAAGUACGGUCUGGUCGAGGACAUCGACAUUAAGCGGCCGGCUCCGGGCACCGGCAAUGCGUUCGCGUUCGUGCGCUACCAAACGCUGGACAUGGCGCACCGCGCGAAGGUCGAGCUUUCCGGCCAGUAUAUUGGCAAAUUCCAGUGCAAGAUCGGGUACGGCAAGGCAACGCCGACCACGCGCAUCUGGGUGGGUGGGCUGGGCGCCUGGACGUCGGUUACGCAGCUCGAGCGCGAGUUCGACCGUUUCGGAGCGAUCAAGAAGAUCGAGUACGCGAAGGGCGACACGCAGGCAUUCAUUUUGUACGAUUCGAUCGAUGCGGCGACCGCUGCGGUAAAGGAGAUGCGUGGCUUCGCUUUGGGCGGUCCCGAUCGCCGCAUUCGCAUCGAUUUCGCUGACAAUGGAACGGUCCCACCGUUCGCGAAGCGCCCGUUCGAGGAGGGUGGCGGAGAGUAUCGGCGCGUGCCGGAGUACGAGUAUCCGGAUGGUGCGCCGCCGUAUGAUGAUGGAGCGCCUGGGUAUGGGGGCGGCGGCUACGGUGCCCGUUCGUUCCGCGGUCGGGGCAGCGGUGGAAGUGGAAGUGGCUAUCGGGGACGCGGUGGUGGCAGCUUCCGCGGUGGUUUCCACCACGAUGGGCACCGGCCGGCCGGAGCUGGCGGACCGCCGCAUCACGGACCGGGUGGCGAGGAGGAGUGGCGACGUCCACCGGGCGGCGGCGGUGGUGAGCCGGGCGAAUAUGAUCAACGCCGUCGGUCCGGCUCACGCGAGCCGGGCGGUAUCGAUCGGUCCCGGUCGCGCUCACCACGCAGACGCAGCCCGGCGGAUUCGGAUUCCGACUCGUCGACACGCCGCAAUGGUGUGCUGACGUCGGCCCGCACACUUUCCGAGGUGGCGCGCAAAUCGAGCACCGUCUGGCAGGGCGCACUGAUCCUGAAGAGUUCCCUUUUCCCGGCCAAAUUCCAUCUCACCGAUGGCGAUGCCGAUAUCGUCGACGAGCUAAUGAAGGACGAGGAUGGCAAGCACCAUUUGCGCAUCACGCAACGUUUGCGCCUCGAUCAGCCGAAGCUGGAGGAUGUGCAGAAAAGAAUUUCCACCUCGUCGUCGCAUGCCAUCUUCCUCGGGCUGCCGGGCUCGAACCCGGCCGUGUCGUCAUCGGACGAUGCAAGCGUACAGACUCGCCCGCUGCGCAAUCUGGUGACCUACCUGAAGCAGAAGGAAGCCGCCGGGGUAAUUUCGCUGCUGAACAAGGAAACGGAAGCGACCGGCGUGCUGUACACGUUCCCGCCGUGUGAAUUCUCCACCGAGCUGCUUAAACGCACCUGCCACACGCUGACGGAGGAGGGACUUAAGGAGGAUCACCUAGUGAUCGUGGUUGUGCGGGGCGGGACUGCCUAGGAGCGGGAGGAAGAGGCCGAUGAUCGGGAGUUAGAGGUACGGAAGAAGAAAAGUAAGAAGUCAGCAAGUAAAACUAGCAAGUCGGAUAAACCAUCAUCAUCUACCGACUAAAACGCAAACGACGGGCAGACCUCUGAAUUCAUCGGUGACGAGACUACUCUACUUUGAUUGUGGAAGUAGAUAGGAAUACUUUUAUUCAUUGCGAUCGUCUGGUGCGUUUGUGGAUGCUUUCGUAAGAGAGGUAUCAUCAGUAGGCUUCAGAGGCGAUUGGGUUCAUCAUCCGUUUGGCUACGCGACACGUAAAGCGUAUCUUAACCAAUUAACUUUGCUUACUUUUAGUUCAAAACAAGGAGCACAUACGUAAAUGCACCAUUUGCGCUCCUUGCUCUUUCAAUGUGCAUAGUAACCCUGUCUAGAAAUGGCAUACAAAAAAUAACGAAACAAUUUGUUCCAUCAUCGUAAGUACACACAUCUUCAUCUCAUCCUAUCUCACCAUCCUGUCAACGGGGAAAAUGGAACACAAAGCGCGUCUAUAACCUGCAUCACUAAGCCAGAGCACUGCAUCGAAACGUCUAACACUUUCAAUUGCACGCAUUUGUCAACAAGUGGCCGUUUUAAACACUACCACUACCAUGUUACGAUGACUCUAUGGCCGUUCUGCUCUGUUGUAUCAACCGGUGACGUCUCAGUGGUGUAGAGUAACAUGGUCGAUGUUUGACGCUGUUCAGCAAACGAUGUAUGUGUGCGACCCCAGUUCAGGAAAAGUGCGCGCGUGAUCUUCCCAUCUAUUUAUGCGUGCGAUCGUGUGUACUAUUGAAAGACAUUCGUAAGUGCGUGAAAUUAUUGUGCAUGUGUGUAUGAUGAGUGUUUACUUUAAGAAGUGGCGCACAGUGCAGAAAGCAGAAAACAUGAAUCCAUUAUAUUUUCCUCGCGGCGUAUAUUAGAUCAGAUUGCUAAGAUGCAAUAGUUGGUUCGUUCUCUUACUCUACAAAGCAUUCACAACAAGGUUGAGGUACGAAUAUCUUAGAUCUUAUCAAACCAGACGCGCGCUGCAUAAAUUAGGAAAGAUAAACACUCAUUCUUACGGUCAGGACGAAUAAGUUUUCCAGAUACGAUGGUUAAGUCUGGAACGUUUAGUUGCAUGUGUUUACACCAUAAUCUAGAUUUUAAUCGACUAGUUUAAACAAAAUUGAUAACGGCUAACGGCUGAUUGACAACAUUUCAAGAUGCAAACGGAUAUAAUAUGUGUGGAGAAAUACAACUGAUUGCAAAGUAAGUUUGCAAUUAUUUUAGACACACUUUAUUUAAGACACAGUCGAAUUUGUUUUUUAAACCAUUCUCAUUUUCACGCAGUUUGACAAUGUUUGUCUCUAAAACACCUUCUGAAAAUAGCUUUUUUUCAUUAUGAAAUAACUGAAGCAAAUGAUUGUAGUUCAGUUAUUUAUUCAGUGAAGCAGCAUUGGCUUACUUUUGUUUCGCUUGUUAAGACAUUUUGCCUUACGGCCUUUCAAUUAUGAUUUGCUAUCAGGAUCACAGUACUCACAGUGUCAGUAAUUAUUUGUAAAUUAUUAAUUAUUUAAUAUCUCUAUAUUCAUGCCUUCUUCUGGUCACUCCUGAUUUUCAUGUUUCGACUCGACCAGCUGCGUUCAUUGCUUUGAAUUUAAAAAGCUUAAAACAAUAUGAAACAAACGAAUGAAUCCAGUUCAUUUUGCCCAGAUAAGCUUACUUAUGAAAAAAAAAAACACAUUCUGAAAUAAUUGCAUCAUAUAUAGAUAAUCGAUCACAUCAAUUCACAUCGAAAAGGUGUCGAAUAUAAAAUAUAUCUCUCAGCCCUGUUUAAUCUAUAUGUGAGCAAGAUGACACAGAUGACAGUUGCAUACGCAGUACAGUAUAUAACAAAGUAGGAAAUCGAUACAUACAAUACAUUUAUGAUAGCGCACUAAGCAAUGCCAGAAUAAGGAAAAGGCAACGAUGAAGUGCAGUGAACAAAAUGAUGGUAAUAGUUUGCAUGGAAGUUAAUGUGUAUACAAGAGAGCAGAUAAAAUUUCGAUUGACUUCCGGUGUUGUGUAUUGGCAUGUGAAGCACGGUGGGAGCUACUCUUAUAAAUAAACAUAAAUAAACAUACAUUCUAACAAA